UGAAAGAAGGAAACUAGAUCUUUAAUUUUCACAAAAUCCCUUCCAUUAAUUUUAGUUUCCACUUUCCACCGCAAACUUUUGGUGUAUAUAAACACUCACUUAUCCGCCAUUUUUUCAUUCUCGCAUUGAAAAACAAUUCACGCUUUAUCUCUCUUUCCCCCGUCGGUCAUAACUUUGCAUUUCGUGGUCUUUGAGAAUGGGGGCUUCUAUUUUAUCAGAUCUCGGAACCGAGAUCUUAAUUCCAGUUUGCGCCGUGAUUGGAAUUGCCUUUUCUCUCUUACAAUGGGUUCUCGUUUCCAAGGUGAAGCUCUCUCCUGGUCGAGACCCGGGUUCACCUAGAAACAACGGUGCGGGUGGAAAAAAUGACUGCGCCGAUUACCUCAUUGAAGAAGAAGAAGGACUUAAUGAUCAUAAUGUUGUUCUUAAGUGUGCUGAAAUUCAAAGCGCCAUCUCUGAAGGGGCAACCUCAUUUCUUUUCACCGAGUACCAGUAUGUUGGCAUUUUCAUGGUUGCUUUUGCAAUCUUGAUUUUUGUCUUCCUUGGUUCGGUAGAGGGUUUCAGCACAAAGAGUCAGCCUUGCACAUAUGACCAAUCUAAGAUUUGCAAGCCUGCUCUUGCCACUGCUGCAUUCAGCACAAUAUCUUUCUUACUUGGUGCUGUCACUUCAGUUGUUUCUGGCUUUCUUGGAAUGAAGAUUGCUACCUAUGCAAAUGCUAGAACCACCCUGGAGGCAAGAAAGGGAGUUGGAAAGGCAUUUAUCACUGCAUUUAGGUCUGGUGCUGUCAUGGGUUUUCUUCUUGCUGCAAAUGGCCUUCUGGUGCUCUACAUUACCAUCAACUUAUUCAAGAUCUACUAUGGUGAUGAUUGGGGUGGUCUUUUUGAAGCGAUCACUGGUUAUGGGCUUGGAGGUUCAUCCAUGGCACUUUUUGGUAGAGUUGGUGGAGGCAUCUACACCAAAGCUGCUGAUGUGGGUGCUGAUCUUGUUGGCAAGGUGGAAAGGAACAUUCCUGAGGAUGACCCUAGAAACCCAGCUGUUAUUGCUGACAAUGUUGGAGAUAAUGUUGGUGAUAUAGCUGGAAUGGGAUCUGAUCUUUUUGGUUCCUAUGCUGAAUCAUCUUGUGCUGCACUUGUUGUUGCUUCCAUCUCUUCUUUUGGCAUCAAUCAUGAGUUCACUCCAAUGUUAUAUCCUCUCAUCAUAAGUUCUGUUGGUAUCAUUGUUUGUUUAAUCACAACCUUAUUUGCAACUGAUUUCUUUGAGAUCAAGGCUGUUAAGGAAAUUGAGCCAUCAUUGAAGAGGCAACUUAUCAUAUCCACUGUUCUCAUGACUAUUGGAAUUGGGGUUGUUAGUUGGGUAGCUCUUCCAUCUUCCUUUACCAUUUUCAACUUUGGAGAUCAGAAAGUUGUCAAGAACUGGCAACUAUUCUUAUGUGUUGCUGUUGGUCUUUGGGCUGGUCUAAUUAUUGGUUUUGUAACCGAGUACUAUACCAGUAACGCAUACAGCCCUGUACAAGAUGUUGCUGAUUCCUGCAGAACUGGAGCAGCAACUAAUGUUAUUUUCGGCCUUGCAUUGGGUUACAAGUCUUGCAUUAUUCCUAUAUUUGCUAUUGCAGUCAGUAUUUUUGUUAGUUUUAGCUUUGCUGCUAUGUAUGGCAUUGCUGUUGCUGCCCUUGGAAUGCUGAGCACCAUAGCUACUGGACUGGCUAUUGAUGCUUAUGGUCCUAUCAGUGACAAUGCUGGAGGUAUUGCUGAGAUGGCUGGCAUGAGCCACAGAAUACGAGAGAGAACGGAUGCUCUGGAUGCUGCUGGAAACACCACUGCUGCUAUUGGAAAGGGUUUCGCCAUUGGUUCAGCUGCCCUUGUGUCCCUUGCCCUCUUUGGUGCUUUUGUGAGCCGUGCUGCUAUUUCAACAGUUGAUGUAUUGACCCCUAAAGUUUUUAUUGGUUUGCUUGUCGGGGCAAUGCUUCCUUACUGGUUUUCUGCUAUGACCAUGAAGAGUGUGGGAAGUGCAGCUUUGAAGAUGGUUGAGGAAGUGCGCAGGCAAUUCAACACAAUCCCAGGUCUCAUGGAGGGUACUGCUAAACCUGACUAUGCUACCUGUGUUAAGAUCUCUACUGAUGCUUCAAUCAAAGAAAUGAUCCCACCUGGUGCCCUUGUUAUGCUCACACCCCUUGUUGUUGGGAUCUUUUUUGGCGUGGAAACUCUCUCUGGUGUCCUCGCUGGAUCUCUUGUCUCUGGUGUCCAGAUUGCUAUCUCUGCAUCCAACACAGGAGGUGCUUGGGAUAAUGCCAAGAAGUAUAUUGAGGCUGGUGCUUCUGAGCAUGCAAAAACUCUUGGUCCCAAAGGUUCAGAUCCACAUAAGGCUGCCGUUAUUGGUGACACCAUUGGUGACCCUUUAAAGGAUACAUCUGGGCCAUCACUGAACAUCCUCAUCAAGCUAAUGGCUGUUGAAUCUCUUGUCUUUGCUCCCUUCUUUGCUACACAUGGUGGGCUGCUUUUUAAGAUAUUUUAAGUGAAGACAAACAUCGGCUACUAGUCUACCAUUUCCGAUUCCUGUCUGUUAUUCUCUUAUAAUUUUCAUUUUUAAGUAUAUUUAGGUCGUAGCACAUUUUGACUCUAGAGAUCAUUUCCUCUUUAAAGUCAUAUUGGUAGUAAAAGUUUACCCUUUGUAACAACGACAUUGUUGUUGUUGUUGAUGAUGAUGAUGAUUACGGUCAAUCUAGGAAAAGAGUUGAAACUUGAAACCACAUUGUUACUAUUAUUACUGUUUUGUUCAAUGAAGAAUGUUAUUUUUGCUUCUCUGAAA